CUCUGUGAAACUGUCGGCAGCGUAUGGUGAAUGCUUGGGGUCAUGUUAAGGGUCAGUUAGGAUCUACUGGUCACUCCAGCCGGACACUGGAGGACAGACUUGUUAUAUUUCUGCGCAGCUCACUAAUCCACCCAAAUAACUGCCAACAUUUUUGCGUCUGUUGGAGCCAUGCUGGUAUCAUUGCCAACGUGGUCGGGGAACAAUGGAAGACCUUUAGAUCCAGAUGAAGAUAGACAGGUUCGUCGCAGUGUUAGUGAGAGCUCCAGUGAUAGUUCCAGCGGGUAUUAUACUACCGUCAGCAUCUCAGACGAUGUUAACGGACUGGAACAUGGAGAAAGGCAAAGAAGGUCCUCCAGUGUGGAACUGGAUACGUUGCCGGAAUUUCUAGCUUUACUGCCGAAAACUGAUUUAAACGAAUCGCGGGAGUCGGAUGCUGAAGUGUGCCAAACGCUGUGUAGUGGUGUAAUAUCUGAUGUCCAAGCAAACCAAUCGCCCAUAUCCUCUGUGUCACGGGAUUUUAGAGUACGCAAAUCGCCGACAACAAAAUCGGUGACAUAUCCUGUGUUACCGGAUAUUUCAGUAAGUCAGCCGCUGACAUUGGAUAUGUCUUGUGAUCUUCGAUUAAAAGAAUCGGGCACAUACCCUGUCUCACCGGACCUUGAAAUAAGUCGAUCGCUGAUAACCGAUGAGUCACCGUAUCGUGGAGAAAGCCAAUCCCUAACAUCUGAUGUGUCAUCGGAUCUUGAAAUAACCCAUUCAGUGACAUACGUUGGAUCAUCGAAUCUUAAGAUAAGCCAGCUGCUAACAUUUCCAGUGUCACCGGAUGUACAAAUAAGCCAACCGCUGAAAGAUAUCACAACACCUACCGUCAGUGUACUCUCAUCUCCAAUAUCACCGGAUAUUGAAGAAGACAUACCCGUCGUGUUUAUGGCGCAAGCGGACGCUGACAUAAAUCUAUCGCCCAAAUCUGCCGUUUUACCGGAAGAUGACUCAAGCCUUUCAUCGUUAUUAUCGCCGUCUCCGGAAGACGAUGUUGACCAAUCAGAAGAUUUCGUCACCUUGCCCGUGGAUGUGUUGGACGAGUCCCCGGAUGUAUUGGAAGACCCUUGUUUCACGCAGGCGACUCUAGACAGCAUCGCCUCGGCACGACUUACGCCUCUGAUUAAACAAGAACUCAAAUGCUUGAUACAAGUACGACGACAUUUCGACGGAUUGGACUUGAGUCCCAUCGACUCAAACCGAGAUAAAUUGACAGAGGAUCCAUAUCAGCCGACAGAGGAAGACAUAAGACGGAGAUUAAGGCGACGGGAUCUGAACAAAUUAUCAGCCAGACGCUGCAGGGAAAAGAAGAACGAACAAGAGACUCUUCUUGAACAGGAAGCCGAGAAAUUAUCGGACGGAAACCAGACUUUGAGGAAAGAGAUAAUAGCGUUAAGAAAAGAGAUGAAGUUUCUUGAAAAGGCUCUACUUUCGCAUCGGCCUUGUAAGCGUCAGAAGCUCUACCCCAAGUCGAAUCAAGACAAGGCGUCUGGCGAAUGAGAGAUGUUAAAUAAAUAUUUAACUAAACACCGACAUUUCUGUCCCACUUUGUCUGUGCAGUCAAUGUACGAAAUUCUCUUCACAGUUCACCCGGAUUACCCGGAGAUUCCUACUACAUGAAGACUUAUAUGCAUGCGUGUAUGCAUUUGUGCUACAUUCAGCAUGCCACUGCCUCCCUUGAAGCCAGCUCUCAUGUAAAAGGCGUGUUAUGUUUAAAAGGCGAGAGCUACGUUACUGUAUCUACAAAUAUCCCAGUGUCUGAGGCAGGCAAUACUCCAUCUGGAAUACCUUAUAUUUGUGUACUCUGUGUGAACUGUGUACUCUAUGUGAACUGUGUACUCUGUGUAAACUGUGUACUCUGUGUGAACUGUGUACUCUGUGUGAACUGUGUACUCUGUGUGAGCAAGCGUACGCCGCCUUCUUGUCCCUAUUCAUGACUAUGGAAAAUCAGCAAUGAUGUACAUGUGUAGCUUCACCUGCAAAGUUGUUUCCAUCUGUUUGCGUAUGCCUCAAAGGAAACCACAGGCUCUCCAGAUGGUACAUCUUUUCUGGAUCUAGAUUUGCACAAAGACCAAAACGGUUUCCUCUCUCGCAGACUUUACGAACAAAAGGGAUAGUUUCAAUUUUAACAUUGUACAUUACCAUUACUUGGACAGCAAAUGGCGUGUACAUAUCUAACCUUGUACCAUUUGUUAGAUCCUCUGUGCUAUGUGGCAAUUUUAAUCAACGUCACAAGUUAUCAUUACUAAAAACUAAAGUGUCUAGGAUGUUCGGUGAAUUGUUUUCACUCUAAGUUUCUUGUUUUACAGUGAGUGUGGUUCUCUUGUGGGUUAAUAUGGACAGUGUCCCGAAUUUCUGGCACUCUGCUUCGUGACUGUGUCUAAUUCGUUUUUCCUUGGAGGUAGAGGCAGUAUAUCCAUUGUCUUGAAUUAGAUCGCCAGGUUGAAUGUAUACAUAUUUUAUUGUGGACAACUUUUACACUAGCACGGUAAAGGAUUUGAAUACUGAUUUGUUUUUUCAUAUGAAAACGAAUGUAGAGAGAUAACAACGGAGAUGAGUCGACUAAGGCCAAAUGUGUGACAGUUUAAUAAAAGGAUAUAAUCUUCAAAAUAAAAUUAAAGCCGACAUGCCGCACUUGCCAGAAAGAGGGGACUGAGCCACCAGCCGCAUACAGUGCCUGUAAGUGCAGUGUGGUUUACAUAAAAGACGGAGGAGGGGUUGGAGGAGAUCAAUAAAGAACGGACAAAACACGCCAUACUGCAAGCUUGAAUACUGAGUCAAUGUGGGUAGAGCAUGGCCUGUAUGAAUUUCAUUGGUGGAUAGAUCCCAACAAUUAAAAAACAAUCACGACAAGGAACUUUCAAUACCGAACGGUAGAAAAAUGCUAUGUUGUAACACAAGGUCGAUUUCAGCCAGCUGAAAGCGCUGAUUUAGCUCAUUCGCCUGAACAUAUCU